UCCCCUCACGCGUGGUAGUUCUAUCCGCUCUAAACUCUACACCGUUACAUCUCGAGUUAUCCAACAAUAGGUCGCGGAAACACAUUGUCACAUAAUUUUAAUUUCCUUACACUACUUCUGUAAAAACUCCGCGAAUUGCUGCCAAACGUCUUAGCGAUUUGCCGGUAGCACCACCUGUUUAGAAAAACACAAUUGCCUGCAAUUAAAAAAAUACCUCAAAAAUGUGGCAAAGAAAUUUGUUUUCUGUAACUUUAGUUGCUGUGUGCGUGUCGUGUGAAAAAGAUAUGAGUGGUUCACGUAAACCCAGGUUAUUUACUUUUAAUACGAUGGACCAAGAUAUAUCGGUUGGUUUGGAUUUUUCAAUUCCCUUCCUUUCUAUACCAGUGAAACCUACUGUGGAUAACGUUUUCGGAUCUAUCGGUAUGCCGACAGUGAACGUGAAUUUACAAGCUCUCGUAUUAGGGGGUGGAUUGGUAAUAGCCUCAACUUUCCUGAUCCCGCUCCUGUUGAAGAGUUACGCUCACCAUCCACCAUACGACAGAUAUGCUAAGAAACAUUGUGCCAACUCCAAUGAACUCAUUUAUUUCAUCUUCUUCAUCGGUCCAGACUUCUAUUUCAAGUGGGAACUUGUCCAGUAUACAGCGGGCUCUAAACAAAUAAUGUUCUCUAUUACAGUAUUGGAGCAUACUCAAUUCGGGGCCGACGGUGUACUGGACUUUGCUAGUAACGUGCUGAGUGGCGGCAUGCAGGGUUGCGCGCUCAGGGUUGCCUGCUGGUCCGGCCAACAUGACCACGAAGACGGGGCGAAAUUCUGGACUGGAGUUUUGAGUAACCAGCUGGUGUCCAGCCUGGUAAACUCUACGGCGGUGGAAGACGCCAUCGCAUCAGGCCGGCGUGGCCGAGACUGCUCCGUGUACUCCCCCUGCCCGCUCAAUGCACAACACUAUCCCAUGCUUAUGAAGAAUCUGAUGCAACUGUCUAAUAUCAGUUAA